UACUUCUUCCGGGAGAAGCACGCGGGGUUCAUCGUUAAGGGCAACUUCAUGACUCUGGCAGCGAAACCACAGCUCGUCGAAGAGGGCGAAUGGCUUGCGCAUCAAGUGGUUGAGCAAGUCAGGCAACUGAGCGGACAGCUCAAGGUGGUGCAAGUAGAGGACAAGGCUUCUGGUCGUUCACUCUGCAAUGAGCUCGUCUGUCCCUCUAUGUACGCCGGAAACGUCAACUACAGCUGGAUCGACACAAACCGUAACCCCAUCAACCUCCCGGCACCUACUUAUAUCAAGCACAUACAGACCUGGGUCAAUGGCAAGAUUCAAGACGAGUCCAUCUUCCCCACCAGCAACCUCCAACCAGGACACCAAUUCCCUUCCGCUGAGCAGACCGCGGCUGAUCCUAGUCACUACCUGGGCAAAGCUUCCGGCUUCCCACCUCGUUUCGAAGUCGAGAUCAAGAACAUGUACAAGCAAAUGUUCCGCUGCUACGCACACCUGUACUGGGCUCACUGGAAUGUCUUCUGGGACACCAACGGCCACCGCGAGCUGAACACCUGCUUCAUGCACUUCGUCAACGUGGGACUCAUCUUCGGCUUGCUGACGGCACGCGACAUCGAGCCAAUGGGCGAUCUCAUCGACAUCUGGAUCCAG